GGGAAGAGGAGGGCUGAGCCUUGAAGCUGCUGGGGAACUUAAAGCGAGCAGGGGGAGGAGGAGGAGAAGAAGGAUUGAUAUAACAGAGCGGCUGUUCUCACUCAAUUCUCACUCCAAACCUUUGAACCAAACACCGAUAACGGGGAGCGGGCUUUCCAUUCAUUUUCGGGCGCAGGCAACUUUUCUUUCUUGAGUCCGUGGCGCGGGUCCGUUCACCACAGAACACACUUUUAUUUUGUUAUUCUUUAUUUUUGUGCGUAAAAAGCGAAACACGAGACAGCGAGGCAUCGGCAGAUCCGAAACUUUUGCAAGACGCCAGCUUGACGUGAACUUUGUCUCUUGUUAAAAAAUUGCAUGACAUUUCUUUGAAGGACUUGAGAGCCUGACAGUUGCUUCACCAACCGCGUGGUGUGGGAUUUGGAGCCGAAACGGGGAGUUCUCCAAUGCAAAAGUACAUGUAUGAGAAAGCGAUGGCACAAGAGACAAGGAACGGAGGAACCUCUACAUUAAAUAACAACAAUGGUGUUGACAACAGCAAGAAGAAGCUGCUCAUAGCGCUAGACAUCUUCUGUCUUUUACUUGCCAUGCUGCCAUCCCUGGUUCUGCACCGCACCUCUAUUCGUCCCUACCAGAGGGGUUUUUACUGCAGCGACUCCAGCCUGAACUACCCCUACAAGAGAAGCACCGUACCCUCCUCAGUGCUCAUUUCUGUUGGCUUGACACUGCCCGCGGUGUCUAUUGUGAUUGGAGAAUGCUAUAGGAUUCACCAACUACACGAAGGAACCAAAUCAUUUGUUGGGAAUCCCUACGUCGCAGCUCUCUACAAACAGAUGGGUGUGUUUCUGUUUGGCUGUGCCGUCAGCCAGUCAUUCACAGACAUCGCCAAGGUGUCGGUGGGUCGAAUGAGACCUCACUUCUUAGAUGUGUGUAGACCAGAUUUCUCCACCAUCAACUGUUCGCUGGGGUACAUCACCAACUACACCUGCAGUGGUGAAGAGAGCGAAGUACAGGAGGCCAGGAAAUCCUUCUUCUCAGGACAUGCCUCUUUCUCAAUGUUUACCAUGCUUUACCUGGCUUUUUAUCUCCAGUCCAGGUUUACAUGGCGUGGCGCUCGCCUCCUCCGCCCUUUGCUCCAGUUCACCCUCCUGAUGAUGGCCUUCUACACCGGCCUAUCCCGUGUCUCCGACCACAAGCAUCACCCCACCGACGUCCUGGCAGGUUUCGUGCAGGGAGCCCUGGUGGCUUACUGCAUAGUGUUCUACGUGUCAGACCUGUUCAAGCCAAGGGUGAAGCCGGCCACGCCCCCGCCCUCCCCGAUCAAGAAGGAGCUGCUGCCUUCAUCCGACAUCAUCGAGAGGAACAACCACCACAACAUGGUGUGAGAGAGGCCACAUCUCCUUCCUGUGACUGAGGAGCCAAUAACAGUGCUGCUCACCUCCCAUCGGACAGUAGAAUGUAGCGACAAGAGACUGUAGCUGCUUCUUAAAUGGCAUCCUCCUCCCUUUCGCAGUGUCCAGCGAGGCACUUCGUGGACUAGGGUGUCAGAUUUGAGAUUUGCACAGCAGAGUCCACUCUCACUAUCCAGACUUAUUUACUUUAACUACUAAUCAAACUUUUGAGCCCAUCCAUUUGAGCACAAACAGAAAACUAAUUGGAAACUACAAAGUUAAGAAAGCGAUGACUUGACAGGCAGACCUGAGGGUGUGGAGGUUUGAUGAAGUGUAACCACAUGAAGGGAAGAAAAAAACAAAUGAAGAAGACAAAAAUGAUAAGAGAAAAAAGACAAACCCCCUGCCUAGGGAGAGAGGGAUUUCCAGUGAUGCUUCCUCUCCGAACUCUCUGUGGCCUUGGAAACGUCGUAGAACAACUUCCUUAGCUAAGGGAAGGAUAUUACUGCAAUAACUAGCAGCAUAGAAAUAUUAACAGGAUAGAAAAAUAUAACUUAUAGCACUGUUUUAACUUCAUUAUCCAUUAUCACCACUUGCUGCCUGAGAUGUCUGACUGGAAAAAAAAACUUGAACAUGCUGACAUCAGGAGACAGAAACACUGACUCCAAACAAGGAUAACGAUAGCAUAGCAUGACUUUUAUGACGGUAACCCUGAGCAGGCCACCAUGAGGAUCACACUCUGAUCUUUCCAGGCCUUUAAACCAGAUCAGACCUUUCUGCUCUGGAAAGUGAAGCCCUCCAACAUCACAUAACUCUGUCUCCAGAUCAGCACGUCAAGCUUUUUGUAGCGGACUUUCAGAGCGGCCCAAACCCGGGAUGUUGCAUUCUUUUUGAGGGUUAGAUGUAGUGAAGGGGGGAUGAAUUCUGUGGAAUGUGAGCCAGACCUCACAGCCUCCCAGCACCUCAGUGAGAGGCGUGGCUGUGCCAUGCAGCUCCCUGGUGUUGGGGCCGUCUGUCCGGCUUCCUAACCAGGAAGUUGGCAGAUGGCCGGAGUGAAGGGGUGCGGUCUGUCACCAUGGAAAGAGGGUGAUGAUUUACAGCUAAGCUGGCACAUUAUUUUGGGAUGAUUUGGGCUCUUUCCGCUGGCAGGGAGGGGCUCUCACCCACCCAAUCACUCUUUGGCAAUGGAUGUUUGUCUCUCAAUGUGUGUGUGUGUUUGUGUGUGUGUGUGUGUGUGUGUGUGUGUGUGUGUGUGUGUGUGUGUGUGUAUGUGUGUGUGUGUGUGCGUGUUGUGUACAAUCUUGUGUGCCUGUGCUUGUACAUCUUGUGAGUGUGCUUGUGUGUGUGUUUGCAAUCGUUCGAGCGCUGUGCCCUGUGAAAAGGACCCCCCUCUUGAUAAACUGUGUCAAAUGAAAAAUGUGUGUGAGAGAGCAGGUGAACGUUAUAAAAACUGUGGAUCUAGUAUUUUUAUUCUCUGCGAAGAAGCAUCUUUAACCUUGCAUGUCUCUAGCCUGUCCUGUAUAAUCACUAACAGUUGUACAGUACCAGACGCAGAAGUCCCUUUUUAUUUACAGCCUACUCAGAUAUCCUCCUCCAACAACACACUCCGCCAUGUUGCACAUCUUUCUCAUCGUACAGUCCGUCCUAUCAUUUCACAAAGCCGUUUUCACUCUCUUUUUAUAAAUAUAUAAAUAAUGUAUAGAUCACUAAAAUUAACUCUGUAAGAUAUUGUUUCUUAACAUGUUUAGAUAUAUCCACUAUGAUUACAGACCUGUGUUCUUUACAAACAAUGCUGCUUAAAAAGCAUCGAUUGACAGAUUUUUGUAUCUAGAUGACUAAACUAUUGUAGAUUGUUAUAGUUACGUUUGUAAUAUGCAUUCAAAACAAAUACACCCACAAUUGUAUUAAAAUUCAAUAUUAGUAUUUUUGUAUUGUCUUGUUUUUUGUACAAAAGAAAUAGUAGUAAUGCCGUUUUUUCUGCUAAAUGUACUUAGCUCCAUUACAUGUGCUUUUAAAUAAAAAGCUCAUCAUGAACACA